AUGGAUACGUUCACAAAUUUUAAUACAAAUGACGUUAACCCUAAUCCUAAUGAAAUUGACCUUCCCUUUGGAUAUAAUGAUAUAAACUGUAGUAUAUUGCUUAUGGAUACUCCAAGACAACAUAAUGUUAAUGGUAAAGAUACUCCGGGAACCGAUGGUUACCAACCUAUUUCAAAUUUUACAUUAUCAAGCGAUAUGUUGCCUACGCCUAAUGGUUCUGACCAUAAUGCUUGUUCGGAAUCAAUCAUUAUGUCUCCCUACACUAUGUUACCAAAUCCUGUGGAAGGCACUUUUCGUGAAGAUGGGUCUUUUCUUCCCGGUUAUUUGUCAUCACCUGUUAUUUCACCAAUCUUACAACCUGAUCAAUCUAUAACAAGGCCAGACGAUCAGAAAUCAAACUCUACUUACAACCAAAUGUCUAAUAAUCAGCACUAUUCGCCAUUAAAUAAGCCAAAAAGCGUAAACAAUUCCGUGACACAAGUAUCAGGAAAAAAUUCUAGUCCUGAUAACAAUAACAGCAUUGAAAAUAGUAAUAACACAAAAAAAAAUAUAAACAAACUGCCAACUAUCAUGACAGGUUCUCCAUCUAUGAUGCCUGAUAUGAACAUGUCUUUAAAAGACUUGGCUUCAUCGAUGCCUACACAAGAACCUAUGCCAAACUUGAAUCUUGGCGGUAAUCUUGUGUCUGAAGUAACACCGACACAACCUUCAUCUGCACAUCUUUCAGAUGGUUCAUCCUCUUCCUUAAAUGGUAACAUUGCUCCAAUAACGCCGUCUUCUCUUAUGAAAUUGAAUAAGAAACAUAAAGAGACAGAACAACAUACUUUUAUAGCACCAAGAUCAAGGAUUACAACUUCUGGUCCGCAACGUAUGUUGGUAGUAUCACCGAAUGUGUCGCCAAUAUCUCCAAGAAUGAAUCCGGUGACAAUGUCACCAAUUAUUUUGCCACUUUCAUCCGGAAGAAAAAUUGUUCAUACGAAUCAGGCUGUUUGUUCUCCAUCAGCACUUAAUCCCUCAAAGAGUCCUCAAACAUUAAAGCCUACAAUAAGUCCAAGUCUGAAACCAAAGUUACCAGGUGUGAUAGCAGAAGAAGUGGCAGAAAAAUUAGCAAGUCAAUCAAAUUAUAAAAACAUUUUAGAGGGAACAUCAAAAUCACUCGGUAUAUCCUAUUCGUCUGAUGUGCACUCAAGUCUAGAGUCUCGACGCACGACACAUAAAGCUGCUGAACAAAAGCGUAGAGAUUCAUUAAAACAAAGCUUUGAUGAAUUAAAAAAAGUAAUUCCAUUGCAUUCCAUUACAAGCGAUAAUACUAAAGGAAAUAACAAAAACGGCUGUGGAAAUGAUCGUAACACCACAAAAGGUAAAAGUUGUGACAGUAAUGGAUCUUCGAAAAAUAUCUCUAAAUUACUUUUACUAAAGCGAGCGCAUGAUCAUAUUGUUGAGCUUCAUCAACAGACAAAAGAAAAGGAUGAACUUAUUCAAAAAUUAACAAAUGAACUUGAUGAACUUAAGGUAGCGAAAAAACAAAAAGUUGAGCAUGAUCAGAAAAAUGAUGAUAUGGAAAUAACUGACGACAAGACAGAGCAUUAA